CCGUUCACAUACCCAUUACCCCUUUACACCACCACUCUCAUACCUAAAAUCAUCAAACACAACCAACCACCUAAUCAUCCUCUGAAAACCCUAGCUUUUCCGAUCACUUUCACUUCCGAUCCAAAUUUCAUCGCAUCGGAGCUUCCUUCUUCACCAAACAUCAACAUCUCGUCACGUAAACACAUUCAUCGUAAAAAUUAGGUUUCAGUUUCAUCAUUACUCGAUUAAUCGUUCCGAAAUUUAGGCUCGAAUUUCAUAGGUGUAUAUUGCACAUAUAUACACACAUAUAUUCACAUAUACAAAGUUUUUCGACAAUAAAACCCUAGUUUUUUUUAUAUAUUUUGUGAACGUUUAUAAACAGUUUGAUAGUUUGGAUCUGGUGAAGAUUAGUGUUGAAUUUUGUGAAGAAAAAUGGUUGGAGGUGGAAUGAGAAAGGAUGAUCCGAUAGCGAUUAACAGUACGAAUGUUUUUGCUGCACUUGGAAGCUUGAAGAAGAAGAAGAAGUCUGAUAAAGAGCAGGGGAGUUCGAAAAAGGGGAAGAAGAAGGAUAAGGAGAGUAAGGUGGAGAAGGAGCAGGUGUUUUGGGCUCCGGCGCCGUUAACGGUGAAGUCAUGGGCGGAUGUUGAUGAUGAGGAUGAUGAUGAUUAUUAUGCCACUACUGCUCCGCCUCCGGUUUGGGGUGGUGGUAGUGGUGGGAUGCAGGAGGGGAAGAGUAAGGGGAAUGAGACUCCAGUUGAGGAAAGUGAAAGUGAAGAUGAAGGUCUUGAUGAAAUUGAUGAUGAUAACGAUGAAGAAAACGAUCAUGAACCAGAGAAAGAAACCGUUUUUCUUCCAAAGCCUGCUGAAAAAGAGGUGGUUAUACCUAAAGACAAUGACAGACAGCUGUCAAAGAAGGAGAUAAAGAAGAAAGAACUUGCUGAACUUGAAGCGGUGCUUGCAGAACUAGGGUUAGCUGAAAACGGUGGCCAAGAAGAUUCUCGCGGUGGUACCGGAGAGAAGAUUGAGACCAGAAAUGGAGAGCUCGACAAGAAAGACAAAACCGUGCCAGGUGGCGAGAGCAAAAAUGCUAAAAAGAAAAAGAAGAAAGAAAAGUCUUCUAAGGAUACCAAAGAACAGGUCUCAAACGGGUCCGGUACCGGGUCCAGGCUUGAUAUUGCGGAUUCAGCAUCAGAAGCUACCGGAUCACAGAAGGCUGAAGGGUUAUCAGGAAUUGAUAAAGAGAAGAUAAAGAAGGUGGCUGCUGCUAAAAAGAAGAAGUCCAACAAAGAAGUGGAUGCUGCUGCCAGAGCUGCCGCUAGUGAGGCGGCAGCAAGGAGUGCUAGGUUGGCAGCUGCUAAGAAGAAGGAGAAGAAUCACUACAACCAGCAGCCGGUGCGGUAAGUACGCGUGGAUGACCCGCCUGCUUGUUUGUCGAGUGCGUAAUAAACUGCCGAAUCUUGGUUUUUUUCGUUUUGAGAUGCUGUUUUUUGCAUAGCAAUAUUUGAAGUUUUUGUUUGAAAAUUACUAGAAAGUUAGAAGUUUUGGCGUACUUUAUUUGGUAGUUUAAAGUUUAAACCUUCACAUGUAGAGAGUAAAAGUUCAAACCUCUUAUGGCUGUUUUUUAAAUCGUGAUUUUAGUUCA